AUGUGCGGGAGAUUCAACCAGGUGUGGACGGAUGAAGCCGUACAACCUGAAGACGAAGCCGAAGAACCUGAUGACGAUUCUGAUGAAGAAGACGAAGAAUACGAUCCAACGAACGAGUCGGGAACAGAUUCUACCGCCUCUGAGGAUUUAUUAGACGAUGAUCUGAUAGAGUUCACGGCGACCGAGCGAGCAGGUUGGAUCCGACAAAGUAGAACCCGUCACGGAAAUCCGACGGACUCGACCGGUGAUCUAUCUAAUUGGAUAGUUCCGUUGAUUCCAGUGGACGCCACGACUUCGCUCGUUGCUCACGAGAGUGAGCUGUCCAGAGUUGCUGAUUUGGGGAAGAACUCUUUUUACAACAGUAAAGAAGAAUUGGUCCUUGCUGUUGGCUUCUGGAAUAUGAAGCAAGGGGCUGAGGCAAAAGUUGUACGCUCAGAUCAGGGACGCCUCUAUUACAAGUGCAAGCACUCUGAUAAGUGCAAGUUCGAUGUGCGUGCAUCUUGUCACGGCGGAGGGAUGUGGGGAGUGCAUAAGUUUAAAGAGCACUCUUGCGAAGGGGAGUUGGGCAUUUUGAAACUAAUAAAGGCACAUUCGAAUGUGGUUGCAGCUUAUGUGGAAAAAAGAAUACGCGAUGACGGAGAGGUCAUUAAGCCGAAAUCUAUUAUGUCGGAGUUGUUACGUGAAUUUGGCGUCAGAAUCAAAUAUGAUGUCGCGCUGCGUGCAAGAAAUCUCAGCUUAGAGAAGAUAUACGGUCGAAUUGAUGAUUCGUUCCUUCUUCUGCCCAAAUAUUUGUAUGCCCUAAGUCAAGCGAAUCCAGGCACCGUGAUGGAUUUGGAAGUAGACGAAAACAACCGGUUCAAACAUCUGUUUCUUGCUCUUGCGGCUUCCAUCACACCUUUCUUCUUUUCGCUUCGGCCAGUGAUUGUGGUCGACGGCACACACUUGAAGGGGAAGAACAAUGGCAUUUUGUUCGUCGCCGUGACAAAAGACGCAAACGAGCAAGUUUUUCCGUUGGCAUUUGGUGUCGGGCCGAUCGAGAAUGAUGAGUCAUGGAAGUGGUUCCUCUCAAAUGUGAGACAAACUUUUGGUCAGCCCGACAACUUACUAGUUGUCUCUGAUGCGCAUGUCUCCAUUGCUAAUGCUGUGAAGAGCGAGUUACCAAAUGCUACUCACGGUCUUUGCUACUACCACUUGCAGAACAAAAUUAAGGGCUACGGGCAAGCUGUUGUUGAGCUUUUCCGCCAGGCUGCAUACGCCUACACGGACUCAGAAUUUUCACGUGCAAUGUCGGCUAUGGCUCAAUUGAAGCCGGCGGCAUACGGGAAGUUGAUGCGCGUAGGCCCUGAGAAGUGGGCACGAUCACAAAGUCCGGUGACCCGUUAUAGUUUUCUUACAUCUAAUGCUGCCGAGGCUUUGAAUGCCCGUUUGUUGUGGGCCAGACGCCUUCCUAUAUGCUCCAUGCUGGAGGCAAUCAGGAUGGUUCUGGAGUAGUGGUUCAAUGACAGGCUUGCGUCUGCGGAAGAGAGCGAUGACCUUCUUACUCCAGAGGCAAAACAGAAGAUAAGUGCGGAGAUCUCAAAGAGUCGUCGCUACACUGCGAAGAGGACCUCCGAGAGAAAAUACAGGGUUCGUGCUGGUGAUCGUCGCUUCAUGGUUGACCUUCAAGCGAAGAGCUGUGAAUGCAAUGAAUUCGACCUGGACGGCAUGCCGUGUUCUCAUGCGAUCGCAGCCAUUACUGAGGCGAAAGAGCCAGUGGAAGAUUACGUGGAAGCUUACUACCUGCGGAGUUCACUGGUUCAAACAUACUCCGGUCCAGUAAAUCACUUGCCUCCCUUAGAGCACUGGGAAAUUCCGUUUGAAGUUGCAACUGAUAUUGUUUUGCCAAACCUUUCUCGUCGACAAGCUGGUCGACCAAGAGAAUCUAGAAUUCCUUCAGCUGGUGAGAGGCCGAC